AUGGCGUGAGAGACAUCACAGCUACACGGAAGUAGAUGAUCUGCCACAGUUACACUUCUGCAUUCGUUCUUGCAUAAUAUAGAAUUCUGGACAGUUCACUCCGUGAGAAGAGAGCUGGCCUGGAGCUUUAGGCCCAUUGAACAGCGUGUUCUGCUGUGUUUGUUGAGGAAUAACGUGUCUUUGUAGAUGCUACUGUGCUACAUGCUUAAGGAGUUGUUUAAUCAAAAAAAACGAACACUACUGCAAAGCUACUGAAAAUGAAGUUACACUACUGCAGUUGCUAAUUGUAAUGUUACUAUCUGUUAGUGCUCACCACUGCUGGUGAGUUCAACUUGUGUGCGCACAACAAUUAUAUCGUGAAAAACAAGUUUAUAACUUAUGGGCACAGGAUAAAAUAUUUCAAUUCUUAAAACUUGAAGGGAUCCAUAAAUUGCAGAAAGACACUAAAACAAUGUAUUACACGAUGUGUUAAUACCCAACUGUGAUUGGUCAAUACUCUAUAGCAACAAACUGUUAUUUCUUGGCAAUACACCCUAGCUGACCGACUUUGACAUAUCAAUCCAUAAAAUAAAAGUCUGGUUUACUUGACAUCUGGUAAAAAAAAAGUAGAGGUGAAAACAGCAGAUAAAUGGCAGGAGAUCCAAAAGCUAUCACUAUGACAGACAAAUCUCUGUUGAAGACACUACAGUCAACCAAACAAGAGUGUAGGGAAAAGAAAAUGGCAGACUCUGACACUGGCAAGGCAGAAGAGCCAAUCAAAUUCAGUGAAAUGUGGGCUAUAACAGCUAAGUUAGCUCAUUAAGAGAAGUCUCCUGUGUAAACAGGCACAAGAGUGUAACAGACUGCAACAGGAGGUAAUAAUUUUCCUGAAGAAAAUCAAAUUGGAAUCCCUUUUGCGUACAAUGAUUCCCUAUGUAGUAAACAGGAUAAUGUUUGUUCUAAGAGCCCAGACAUGGUGAGCAGGACUCCUGUGAUUCAGUUCUCAGUCUUGCUCAUCAUAUAAAAAAUUAAUUUGCAUUAUUACCUGCUGAUUAUACAUCACCCCUUGCUUAUCCCUUGCUAUGUUGACACAUCGUGACAGGUUUAGCAGUUGUUCUUUUAGACUGUAAAAGUCCAAACUGUGAAACUUUCCAAGGGUCUGACCAUGAAGAACUAGUCUGAGGCCAGCAGCAUCCACAGGGACCAUCCUGUUUAUGAUCUCCACAUAAAAAAGCACAGAGGGUUAUGAAAUCCAGAAAGCAACUCUCUGUUAUUGUUGCUCGAUUUUGUCAAGUCAUGCCACAAAGAGGAACUAUUGCAUUUUUCCAGGCCAACAAAAACAGAGGGAAGAGAAUCAUCAUAAAACCUGAUAGCUGUUCCUCAAGAGAAACACAAUAUUUUUAGUCAAAUAGUUGCAGGGCAAAAUUUUCCUCUAGGAAUUUAUCAUCUCAAGGACUGUCCAACUUUGUGACUUGGAACUGUGUUUCCAUGGUGACACAUUCCUCUUCCCAAAACAAGAGGUCAUAUCCCACAGGGUGAUGUCACUGAAGACUGUUUCCCCCCCAGUGGCCCCUUCAGUGUGUCGGUGCAGCACCAACAAGCCUGCUGGAGGAAAAAUAAGAAGAAAUAAAGGCAUUUUUUUUAAUGAAAUACAAAAUCUAUUACCGUCACAAUGAAAUGAACAAUGUGUUUGUGCACUUGAUUCCAGGCAAACAUGAAGUGCUAUCAGGAUGUAGACACAACAGAUAAGAGGCCCAGAUGUCAAAAACUAAAACAGACUCCUCAGAUGCAGUGCUAGUUUCUCUGUUAUGUAGUAUAUGGUCACAGAGCUGCUUCACGCUGAAUGCUAAGAUAAGUGUGCUUUAGUGACGAAAACCAAAAGCCCCCUCAGUUUUUCAUGUGCUAACAUUUGGAAUUGGCACAAAAUACAAAGUACAGCUCAGAUCAGUGGGGCUCUUCACAGGUAUUUGGUCACAGUCAAAGAUAUAUUGAACCUGCUCAUGUUGCCACAUGCUAAGUCAUUCAGGGGCUUGACUAUUUUCUUAGAAUCUAUUUUGGUUUCCAAGCCAAAUAGCGAUGAUUUGAUCCCUGAUUUUUAGUCCACGAGUAGAAGUGUGCCUGGGUGUGGAGGUAUAGUUAUCAAGUGAUGACAGUAAAUCACAACAUGCAGUGUGGCAAUUUUUGCUAAUGUAAUGAUGAAGUGAUGAUGAUGAGUGUGCCAAGUGUUGUUGAAUCAUUCACUACAGUGCAAAUGGAACAUCUAGAGCCUUUCCCGAUGAGAUGGAUUAAUCCUCUGUGGACAGUGAAUGCAUGUUUAACAUGUGAUGACAAUCUACUGAGAAGAAGUUGAAAUUCAAGGUUCAACAGUUGCCAAAGUUCUUUGAAAAUUAAUCCUGCUUGCUCAAACUGUCAUCAAGCUGCAACCAGGUCAAGAUUUGACUGUGUCCAAUGCUUUAAGAGAACAUAUAACACUGAGUUUAACUUGUAGCAGAGCUAAUCUUUCCUGCCUCCUCACUUGCUUAUCUUAGUCACCCUGAUAUCUCAGUUGCAGCCAGAAGAAAAAAAAGGGAGACAAUAUAGGAAGAAUAGACUGUAAGAUAUUGGUAUUUUUUUCUGUUCCCUCUGUUUCAAGAGCACCAUAAGUCAGGGCUUCAAAGGUGCUAAUUUACAGACUAUUUUCUUUCCAAAAAAAAUCUCAGCAAGGUGAAUAAUUCUGUUCGAAUACACGAACAGUUGAGACCCCGAAGUUUCUUUUUUACUUGAGGACAGAAGACCAAGCAGCUUCUUAAAGUUUUCAUGAACUGCUCAAAGGAGCCAUCCAAGCUAACUUGUAUGUCUGUGAUCUCCAUUGACAGACCUUUAUUUUGGCUGAUUAGCAGCAUUAUUAAUUUUAAUCAGCUGAUGCCUGUGCUCAUAAAGCUGUUUAAAAAAAUCACAAAGAAAUAAUCUCUGCAGACACUGCAGGCAGUCUCAUCAGUUGCCUCUAUUAACUUGAUUUAUGGUAAACAAGCAGGCUGUGUAAUGUGAGGCUGUGUAAUUCUCACAAAUAUCAGUCAUGUUGUGAAAUCUACAGCAUAACCCAAUAUGUUUUUUCAUUAAUUAAUGACAAUCCAUCUGAAACAUGUAACUGGCUAAAAUAACCUUGUGUAUUGGAUUAUAGCGUGCAUUGAAUAAUGUAAAUAAAUGUGACUAAUUUCUCAUUUGCUAUCAGACUGAUAUCUGUUCUAAAUAUAAGGAAACUUGAAACUCAUCUCAAGAUUGGAGCACAAACUCAGCCUCUAUGAAAAGUUCCCCAAAGAACAAAAAGUAAUCAAAAAGGACAAAAACUAAUAUCAAAUAUUAGUAAUUUUAGUUUAAACUAAAGUCUGUUGUAACAUUUCAUCAUCCAAGUUACAUGAUUUAGGUUAGAUAACUACUGUCUACAUUAACAAGAAUGUCCCGAGUAACAUGCUUUUUAUUGCCAUAGUUUGUAAUGAUGAUGAUGAUAAUGAUGAUGAUGAUGAUGAUGAUGUAUCUUACUGAUUCUUUUUUUAUUUCUAAUUUGAGCAGACAAGAGGACAGAGUAAAUGAACAAACAAUAAAAAAAACAGCCAACUAAAGUGAUCAAUUCAAGAUGUAAGGUAAUUUGUUAUUAUUUCAACUUAUUUAUUUGCUUAAUCAAACCAAAUAAUUCUGAUGAGACUAAAUUAGUUUCAAAAGAGGAGAACAGUCAGAGCCUUAAAGAAAGUUGUAACAAGAAGGUUACAGUGUAACUGUUAGAGAGUGUGGGGACCUGAUAUUAAUAAGCCUAAUUGGCUUCUUAGUUUUUAAUAUUCUCAGGACUAGAGUGUCUUAAAUGCAUCAGUUGACUAAUAUUACAUUGUUAACGUUUUAAUAAAUGACAAUUAGCCUGUAGUAAUGUGUACUCGGCCUAUAAUUUGAGGAAUAUGGAUUUUUUUGACACCUGUAUGUUCCAACCUACUUUUAUAUAAAUCAAACAUUUAUUUAUUUAUUUUUAUUCCAUCAGUCUUUAUGUCGACACACAACAGACAGUGCGUUUUGUGUAUAUUACCGUGUAGGUGUGUGUAUGUGACUGUGUGUAUUGUAGGCCAAUAGUCGCUGAGUUACACAACCGCUUUCAGUUUCCGAGCCCUGCCUGCCUGCCUGCCUGCUCGCUUGCUUGCCUGGUGGCUCCCCGCCCACCGCUGCUCUCUGCUGCCUGCCUGCCUGCCUGCUUGGCUGUUGGACGGACUGGGGCAGAUCCGAGCCGACCAGUUCCGUAUUCUCUCUUCUCCCAGUACACGGACCAGGCUGAACAGGAGGACCCGGUAGUGUCAUGGUGGACAUUCCUGUCCAGCCGCGGCACGCUUAACUCCGAGGACCGGAGGAAAGUGAGACCGAAGGUGAGCUUUGUGUUAUUAUUUCUCAUUAUUUCUACGCGGAUGGCGGAUUCACCAGCCGACGUCGGUCGCGUUACGUUACAGCCAAACUUUGACGCUGCUGGCUGGACCUCCUCUCUCUUUACCCCUCCCUCCCCCCACUCUCGCGCUUUCUCCUGAAACGCAAAGUGCGUCGCUGUGCACACUCACAUGCGGGAUUACGGUAUGUUCACGCAAAUGGUAUAUAACCUGCGUGCUGUGAGCUUUCCGUUGGUGUCAUUAAAAGGCCUUGACAUGAAGCUGUGUAACUUUUAUUGUCGAUACGUGCUGCGUGCGCGUGUCUGCGCGUGUAUGUGUGUAGAUGGAUGGGUAUACAGUAGCGAGCGACGACAUAUGUACGAGUAUGCUCGCGUGCUAAGCGUACACAAAUGUUCGAACAUACACGAGGCUUGAGAUUAGCGUGUGUCACUAAUAUGUGCGUGUGUCGCCCAUUGAUGUUGUUUUGACACAGGUGACGUAGACCGUGACGCGCCUUAACGAUGAGAUAAGCGGAUCCGCUCCGUGUGAAGAGAAGGCACGCUCGUGUGUAUAUGUGCGCGUGCUAGACUUGUCUCAUUGACAGACACUGAGGAGGAUUUCUGAACUGCGCACUUAACAUUUUUGUAGCAUAAAGCGACCCACGCUGAAAAAAAACAGUUGUCGGUGAAGUAAACACUUUCCCCCUCUGUCUAUCUGAGUUUCUGUAGUGAGUGAAGCUGCCUGUACCUAGUAUCCAGCCCUGCAUGUGUUUACGCACUGUUUACACACCUGACGUUCACACACCGUCAAUAUGCUGUUUAUGUGACGUCAUAUUUAAUGAGUAAUUAAAGGUGCACAAAAAAGUAUGAAUUAUCAAGACAAUAACUAUAUGUGUGUUUAUAUAUAUAUAUAUAUGUGUGUAUAUAAACAUAUAUAUAUUUGUGUGUGUGUGUAUAUUAGUGACACGCUAAUCUAAAGCCUUGUGUAUGUUGGAACAUUCAUGUACACUUAGCACACGAGCAUAUAUAUAUGUGUGUGUAAAUAUACAUACAUACAUAUAUAUAUAUAUAUAUAUAUAUAUAUAUAUAUAUAUAUGCAGUUGUGUGCUCUUACUUUCUUACUUUUCAGCAUGUAUUCAUAUUCAUUGACACUUAGAGCUCAGCUGGAUCGCUGGCGAUCCCAUGUGGCACCAUUAAUAUUGUUUACAGUUUCUCAGGAACUAUACCGUGUAUCUCUAUGGGAUAAACAAUGUUCAAAAGCUUACCCUUUUGGUGAACUAUUGAAGGUUUCCAGGCAUUUCUACACCUGCCACAUGGUUUACAUUUCAGCCACACAAAUAGAUGUUUGAUCAGAGACUUUUGAUGGUAAAUCAGCAAUGAUAUACCGGUAAAAACAUGACAAUUUAUCAUAUUGUUGUGAUAAAAAAGGAUUGCUAUCAGUAAAUGCUGCUAAUGUCUUCCGGGUUUUAUGAGCUGUUCAAACUUUUGACCAAUUACGUGGUCUCAUAUUGUUCUUCUAUUGGUCCCUUGACUGUAGUGUCCAAUAAGAGGCAACCAAUGAUUAACAAGAGACAAGAAAGACCCUGCUUGUCUGCAAAAUAAGAAAUAAUAGUCCUCAAUGCUUUGAAACAAGCAAAGAAGAGAUUAUGAGCAGUAUGAUGUGGCCCUCUGUCUAGUCUAAUUCCAGACAGGAACUGCUUCAAGGAGUGGCAUAAAAAACUGUAAAUAGCAAAAAAAAAAACGCCUGGAAGAAUUAGUGUAAAUAUGUAAAUAGUUUCUGUUGUGUGUUUGUUCCGAUCCCAACAUUUCUUCUCCUGAUAGCCAAGACUUGAGAGAAUGAUGAACAGGUGAGAAAAAGCUUGGUCACUGUAGAUUUAUGUGUUUUUUGUGCAAAGUACCAUUGGUAUCAAUUUUUUGUUUUUGUUUUUUGUUGAGUUUGAUGGUUCUGAAUCUACUGUCAUCUUCAUUUAACAUAAGUUUUGCACCCAUAAACUGAUAGCUGAGGUCAUCCUGAUAAAAAAAAGACGUGUAUAUAUUUGCUGUGCAUGAAAGGAUUAGAUUUUUACAAAAAAAAAGAGGCAGACCAAAAAUAGCAAAAUAUAGCUGGGAAUUCUAAGGGUUAAAGUCAAAAUUCCUUUUUUCAUUUUCCUGCAUUGGUUUAUUCUUUGUGUUGGAAAUGCAGUGGUGAACAUUGUUUGCUUCUGGAAUUGUUUUGACAUAACUGGAUUCUGGAUUGUUGAAUGCCUUCUCUGUCCUCUCAAAGCACUUUAACAUAUCACAUACACCACAUUCACAUACUCAUGACAGAAGCUGUGAUGUACAGCACUGGUUUUUGACAAAUCCCAUCCACACACCACUGGACACAGCCUGUGGCAGCAGGUGAGGUCAAGUGUCUUGCCCAAGGACACGUCACCAGGUGGAUAGUGGGAACUGGGAUUGAAUCCUGGCCCUCUGAUUGGGAUAUGACAACUACACAGUCUCAUAGUCAUGUAUAGCCUAACUCCCUACCAUACAUAAGGGGGACCAAGCUGGACAUUGUCACCAGUAAACUUUAUGGCUCAUUUUUAGUGUGACGAAAGAGAUUCAAUGUUUGAAGAUAUUGGAUGAGACAAUACAUGAUAAUAAGAAGUCAAGGUACCAGCAGCGGGCUGUGCUUUUCACGCCUUCAGUGCUGUUCCACUUAGUCCUACUUGAAUUAAUACACCUCAUGAUACUAUCAAUGAGACACCAUGGCUGGAGAAUUUAUCAGAAUCACACUUGGACAUUAAACCUCACCUUCAUAUAGGCUCGUUGAGCAACACUUUAUUUGCAGAGCAUUUAAAAUCAAUAAGCACACAAUCAAGGUAAGAGUAGGAAACUAAGAUCACAGAUACUGUCACAAGGCGAUUUUUCAUUAAGAUUUUUAUAUUAAGAUAUUGGUCAACAAAAGGCCACCAAAAGUUUUUAUGUGAGCUCAAACAAGUUUGUUCAAUAAAUAACCUAUGUUCGCCAUUUCAUGUUAAGACACCAAAGAGACGAUAACAAAACAAACUAUUCAUUGAAAAUGAACAGAUCAUUUGCAUUUGUUUUUGAGAAAAUGCAACAGCAAAACAAUUGAACAUGAUUGCACAGCUGUGACUAGAGUGACUUAAAAAAUAAAAUGACAAAAAGGGUAUUAAAAAUAUGAAGCUUGCACUCACCAACAUAGAUCUCCUCCACAGCACCUGCUCAUUCUAAAAUAAAAUCUAUCCUUCUUUCCUUUUUCGAGAAGACGUCAAUGGCUCUGUUAUACAGUUUAACAUGGAGACUCAUGCUGAAACCCCUGUCUGUCCGGUCGGGUUUCUAUACAGUGACAUACAGUGAUAGCUGUUUGUAGCUAACGGAUCUCUUGGUUUCGUUUGAUAUUUUGCAAAGUGCCACCUUUUUAGGUUCUCAUGAGUGCUUAUCCAAUCACAGGCCGCGUACAUGGCCACUUCAGCAUGAGACCUUCUAGCUGGCCUUGGUGUCGUAGACUCGAGAUCUGAUUGGCUAUUGCAAUUGACUGUGUUGGUUCACUUAAAGCGCACAGGCGCCUGCUCUGUUGAUUCUGUAGGCCUUGGGCAGGUUUCAUAGCACCUGACAACACAAGCUAGCUGAAAUAUGAUUGGAUAAAAAAUUCUACCAUAGUAUACAUCACUGGAAGGUACCCUGUUAUCAAGUCAUGGACAAACUGUUGUCUGUUUACAAAGGGAAUGAGUCAGACCUGACAGUGACUAAUCCCUCAUUAGAAACAUUUACUCACUUUACUUACUGGAACAGCAGCAUUGAAAAUAAUCGGUUCUUGAAAGGCAUAUGUUAGAAAAAUAGAGUUAUGGUUUCCCAAUGACCGUUUCGAGAUGAGUAUGAAUUACAAAAAACUAUAUUUGAAGCAGUAACCAAACUCCAUUCAGAUCCAUCCAAGUAUAAGGAUGGAAUGGAGGUGAGUUAAUAAUGUAAUCCAGGGAUAGGGGGAAGAAAAAUGUGGGUCAGAACUGCAACAAUCCUGUAAGAUAAAAGGUCACUAUGUGGCUCGUUAUGAGUGACUGUAUUAAUCAUGUAUAGUGACGAAACACUUCACAAUAAAACUGGGUCAGUCACAACUUUCAAAAGUGACAAGCAUGUGAAGAAAAUAGGCCUGAAAGUUGUUUGUCAAAAUUUAACAAGAACAUUGUAUUUUUCAAAUAGCUUUCAACCUAUUAGCCACUUAAUAAGUGUAUUAAAAUAAUUAUUCUGUUAUUAUUAUUCUAUUUGUACAGUGCUUGUAUGAUUUUUUGUACACCUUUUUCAGUUUUUGUUUUUUAUAUGUAUGUAAACAUCUUUUCAUUUUAGCAUGAUAUUGACAAGUAAUCAAAUCUUUCCCAUUUUAUCUCCUGUAGGUUCACUUCAGUUUGAAGUUCAAAGGUCACUCCAGGCACUCUACUGUCACUGAGUGCCACGAUGGGGAUGAAGACGCCAACAGCAGCACUAAAAUGAUGUAUGGACAGAUCUGUACGAAGAUGACCAAGCAGAUGCCCUUGCCCUCAGUCUUGUCAGCUGACCUUUGA